UUAGGUUCAGGAUCCAAUAAAACAAGCUCUAAAGGCAGAAGUCUCAUCGGUAGGAUUGAUAGCUCAUCUAAGGUCGCAAAGAAUGGAGCUACGGUGGAACCAAUGUUUUCUGUAGAUGACUUUUCUGAGUCUGUUCUUACUGGAAAACUGACUACUGUCUUUCUUCCCAUCAUCUACACAAUUGUAUUUGUGAUCGGCCUGCCAAGCAAUGCCAUGGCACUGUGGGUCUUCCUUUUCCGAUCGAAGAAGAAACACCCGGCUGUGAUUUACAUGGCCAAUCUGGCCCUGGCUGACCUCCUCUCUGUUGUCUGGUUCCCACUGAAGAUAGCCUAUCACAUACACGGCAACAACUGGAUAUAUGGAGAGGCACUUUGCAAGGUUCUCAUUGGUUUUUUCUAUGGCAAUAUGUACUGUUCUAUUCUCUUUAUGACCUGCCUUAGUGUACAGAGGUAUUGGGUCAUUGUAAACCCCAUGGUACAUCCCAUAAAGAAGGCGAACUUUGCCAUUGGUGUCUCCCUGGGAAUAUGGCUGCUAAUUCUGCUGGUGACCAUCCCCUUGUACGUUGUGAAGCAGACCAUCUUCAUUCCGGCUCUCAACAUCACCACCUGCCAUGAUGUUUUGCCUCAGGAGGUGUUGGUGGGGGACAUGUUCAAUUACUUCCUCUCUCUGGCCAUUGGAGUCUUCUUGUUUCCAGCCUUCCUCACAGCCUCUGCUUAUGUGUUGAUGAUCAGAACCCUCCGAUCUUCAGCCAUGGAUGAAAAUUCGGAGAAGAGGAGGAAGCGAGCCAUUAAACUCAUUGUCACAGUCCUGGCCAUGUACUUGAUCUGUUUCACUCCUAGUAACCUUCUUCUUGUGGUGCAUUAUUUCCUGAUUAAAAACAGGGGCCAGAGUCACGUCUAUGCCCUGUACAUCACGGCCCUCUGCCUCUCCACCCUGAAUAGCUGCAUCGAUCCCUUUGUCUAUUAUUUUGUUUCCAAAGACUUCAGGGAUCAUGCAAAGAAUGCUCUUCUUUGUCGAAGCGUCCGAACGGUGAAUCGGAUGCAAGUGUCCCUCACGUCCAAGAAAUUUUCAAGGAAGUCAAGCUCUUACUCUUCAAGUUCAACCAGCGUUAAAACAUCCUAUUGA